AAACUGUACUUAACUAACUAACUUCUAACUUGUGUUGUGUAAUGUGUGUGUAAGUGUUAAUGGUUUGCUAAUGUAAAGUCAAAAAUUGAAUUCAAACUCUUUUAGUCUCGUCACUCUUUAAAAACCAACUAUAUAUCGAAUUAAUAACUGUAAUUUAUAGGAAUUUUCAAUUCGUAAGGUUGAAGAAUUUUGAUUUUGACAACUACAUGAAAACAACUUAAUGGCAUCGCAGUAUAGAAAUUUCUUAAGAUUGUUGGAAUCUUGGCCUAUUGAUAAAACAAAAACAUACAGAGAUCUGGGACUGCAUAUCCGUGAACAAGUGAAAGCAAACUUUGCCAGUGGAGGUAUAUCAACAAAUAUCAGUGAGCAAGAAUGUGAUCAGACCUACAACAGUUUGAAAAGACUUUGUGAUAACUAUUAUGGUAAUUUACAUGUAAGGCACUCAAGAAGUUCAGCGUCUGGAUUAACAGCAGAGCAGUGUAAUUCUGUGCUAUCUACUGAAUUCUUGGAGUAUUUAGAUAAAAACGAUAGUUUUCUAAAUCGCUUGAUUAAAAAAUGA